ACAAGUGUGUUGUUAUUGUUGUUAUUGAAGUUGUUGUGUUCAUGUGUGAUUCCUUCAGACUGCACAGAUUGCACUUGAUUGGGCUUUUAGUUACUCUGUGUGUAUGUGUGUGUGUGUGUGUGUGUGUGUGUGUGUGUGUGUGUGUGUGUGGAGAUUUGGAAGUGUGUCCUCUGGGUCAGUUUCCAUGUGGAAACCUGUCGGUGUGUUUAGCGCAACCGAAACACUGCAACGGCCAACAGGACUGUCCAAAUGGAGCUGACGAGGAGAACUGUGUGGACAACAGCGGAUGGCCGCACCUGUUUGAUGCCUUCAUGAAGACCAGAGCUCAGGAACCGAAAGAGUGCAUGUUGGACGUGUACCCCGAUGUGUGUUACUGUGAAGGUUGGAAGGUGAACUGCAACAAUAAAAACCUACACCACGUUCCACCGGUGUCUUCUAACGUCACUGCACUAGAGCUGAACAGUAACGACCUCGUAUCUCUCCAUCCUGAUCUCUUCAUCCGCUACAGACACCUGGAGAGACUGCAUUUGGAGAAUAACAGUAUUGAGACGAUUUCUAAGAGAGCUUUCUCCGGCCUCUUCUCUCUGCGAAAACUAUUUCUGAGUCAGAACAGGAUCUCGUCUCUGAAAGCAGGACUCUUCAGUGACCUCGGCAGUCUCGAGUGGCUGAUCCUGGAUGAGAACAGAAUCACUUCUUUACGUCAGAAGUCUUUUGAAGGCCUCAAGUCUUUAUUCUUCCUAUCUCUGCUGAAUAACUCUGUGGAACAGCUACCCAAAACUUCUCUCUGCCUCGAGAUGCCCCGACUCAACUGGCUGGAGCUGGAAGGUAACAGAAUUUCAUCUUUGUGGUCGUCCAGUUUUAAGAACUGCACAUCUCUGACAGUCCUGGCUUUAAGGAGAAACCGCAUCAGUGCUAUAGAAGAUGGAACAUUCUCAAGCAUGCACCAACUCAUAGACCUUGAUCUGUCCAUCAAUCAGAUCCUGGAUCUUCCUCCGUCUCUGUUUCACACUCUUCAGAACGUCAGACAGCUGAACAUCUCGAACAACCCCCUGACGCACGUGUAUGAAGACCAGUUUGACAGUUUCAUCAAUCUCCAAUCACUGAGUAUGGAGGAAGUGGAGGUUCCCAACAUCAGCAUCCGAAUGUUCCGCUUUCUCAGCAACCUCUCCCACAUCUAUUUUAAACGUUUCGAGUACUGCACCUAUUCUCCGAACGUGCGGAGCUGCAAGCCGAACACAGACGGCAUCUCGUCCUUUGAGAACCUGCUGGCCAACAUCAUCCUGCGUGUGUUUGUUUGGGUCGUGGCCUUCGUUAUCUGUUUCGGGAACGUGUUCGUGAUCUGUUUACGUUCCUGCGUUGGUUCGGAGAACGAGCAUCACACGAUGGCCAUCAAAUCGCUCUGCUGUGCAGACUGUCUGAUGGGCGUGUACCUUUUCUUCAUCGGCGCUUUCGACGUGAAAUACUGCGGGGAGUAUAAUCGCCACGCCCACGUCUGGAUGGAGAGUCUGUCCUGUCAGCUGAUUGGCUCCCUGGCGCUGCUCUCCACAGAGGUGUCGGUGAUGAUGCUGACGUACAUGACGCUGGAGAAGUACGUGUGCAUCGUGUUCCCGUUCCAUCAUUACCGCGCCGGACGCAAGCGCACUCUCUGCUCGCUCACGUCCAUCUGGGCCCUCGGCUUCGUCCUGGCCCUCGCCCCGUUCUGCGACAGGAACACGUUCGGGAACUUCUACGGCCGCAACGGCGUGUGUUUCCCGCUGCACUCGGACCAGGCGGAGAAGCCGGGGGCACGCUGCUACUCCACCGGCAUCUUCCUGGGUCUGAACCUGUUUGCGUUCAUCCUGAUCGUCUUCUCCUACUCCAGCAUGUUCUACUCCAUCCAGAAAACGGCCAAGUCCGCCAGACAGACGACCUUUGACCUUGAAGUUUCCGUCGCUAAGCGGUUCUUCUUCAUCGUCUUCACAGAUGCCAUGUGCUGGAUCCCCAUCUUCCUGCUGAAGAUCCUCUCUCUUCUGCAAGUGCAGAUCACCGGAACACUCAUCCUGUGGGUGGUGAUCUUCAUUCUGCCGAUCAACAGCGCUCUGAACCCGAUUCUCUACACCAUCACCACCAGCGCCUUCCAGGAGCGCCUCCGAGUGUGUGUGCGCUUCCGCUGCAUGGACAACCGCUGACUACACACACACACACACACACACACACACACACAUAUCUACAGUAUACACACAAACACACACACACACACACACACAUAGUCUCUGAGCAGCUACAGUGCAGGUCUACAGUCAUAUCAACCUCACAGUGUGACAAAGAGACGGAACAAAACACGCUUUACUCACUGUGUGUGUGUGUGUGUGUGUGUGUGUGUCUGUGUGUGUGUGCGCACCAUAGCAGGCACAUAUGAACCUGGAUGUGUGUGUCAGAGAGUGUGUGUGUCGGUGUAUGUUUCUGUGUUUUUGUGUCAGUGUGUGUGUCUCAGAGAGUGUGAGUCAGAAACAGAAACGUGUGUCUGAGUGUGUGUACAUCUCAGUGUGUGUCAGAAUAAAUGUGUGUUGGAAUGUGUGUGUGUGUGUUGAAGCCUGAAAUGUGUAUUGUGUGCGUACUGAAGUGUGUCAGAGUGUGUGAGUAUCAGAAAAAAAUAAAUGUGUCUCUGAGAGUGUGUGUGUGUGCAUUAUAGAAGAGAAAUGUGAGUUGGAGUUUGUGUCAG